GGUGUGUUCUCGCGUGCCAGAACUCAAGAGAGCGCCACCGCGUCGUCAACGGCCGCGCCCCACACCACCAGCGAUCGAUCGAUCAGGAGGGCAGGAGGAGUAAUUAGCGGGCAUAAACAAAGAUUUCCCCUCCCCGUCUGCUCCCGUGAGAGUGUAGCUCGUUUCUCGAAAAGCGGAGUGGAAAAUGUGCCCCGAUUGCCGCGGACGUGUCCCACAGAAUCCCUUCCGUUGUUAGUGUUUUUUAUUCGUUUCGUGAUCAGUAGCGGAAAUGGUGACCGCGAUUUGUAGAUCAUCAUUCCUGGCGGUGGCGGUGGCGGUGGUGGUGCUUUCGCUGUUCCACAAGAUUGUGGUUGCCGAAAAGCGAUCCUUCUUCGGUUGCUAUGAACGUGAUCGUUUUGCCCGGCUUGCCAUGACGACCGAUAGUUUGGACGAGUGCGUCAACAAUUGCGAAGAAAGUUUCCAUCGAUAUGCUGUGCUGUCCGAUUCACGUUGCAGCUGCACCAACACGAUCCGAACUCGCGUUGUGGAGGAUCGCGAAUGUGGACUGUCCUGUGGCAAGCAGCCGGACAUGAGCUGUGGUGGUGUGAAUGCGCAAAGUUUAUACGAAACCGGCAUCGAAGUGGCCGGUCCGGUGCGUAAUCUGCGUCUCGAGAACAGCAGUAAACAGGAAGCGACCAUCACGAUCCGCUGGGAUCUUCCAUCGGAAGAUGGUGCCCAGGUUGAACAGUUUCAGAUAAUUGCCGAAGCGACGCGUACAUACGCAAGCUAUCGGAUCCAUCCACUACGAUGGUCCCUACCAAAUACGACCAGCACCUUCGAGCUGUCCAACCUUACGCCCGGUACGGAUUACAACGUAACGGUCGUUUCACUGUCCCUGAAAGGGGAAGGAGGUCGAGCCAGCAUACUCGGUAGCACGGAGAUCGGCAUCCCUGACCCGGAACCAGAAGAACCGAUCAUUUUGCGUCGCCUUGGAUCAACGAUUUUGAUAAAAAUCCCUCGUGCCACCAACAACAAUGGGCCCGUAAGCUACUAUCGCGUCGUGGUGCACUACGUCAACGGGGAGCUGAUACAGCAGAUCGAAGAGAGUCAGUUGAACACGUUCCAGAAGUCGAAGGAAAACCGUGUCCCGUAUUAUAUCGCGGCCGAGCUGGAGAUGAAGGAUGACGAUUCGCUCCACUUUACGGUCGGUGAUGGGCGGGAGUAUCGCAGUUACUUCAAUCCACCGAUCACGGUACGAGCGCACGUGCACAUUUCGAUUGGUGUGGUAAGCGUUCGGAAUCACGUCGUCAAGGUGCGUUAUGCGACGACCACUCACGAGCAGCACCAGUACCCGGAUCAUCAGCACGUGAAUCUGAAAACGGUGGAAAUUGAACGGAAUGAAACACUCAUCACAAUCCUUACCGUCGCGUGCAUCCUGUUCGGUAUCGUGCUGACGGCGGCCAUCAUUCUGUACAUUUAUCUGCGCUACAAGACACCGUCGGCGAAUCCGCGCCCCUUCGCCGAUCACCACGAGCUAACGCUGCAAGGGCCCAUCCUGGAGGUAGAGAACAAUGGCUUCAUGCCGGACAUCUACGAGCAGCGCGGUUUCGAGGCGGAACUGCGCGACAUAAUCGAUGGGCUAGAGCAAUCGAAGCAUCACGCCCGAAAGUACCUUAGCCUGAACAUUAACCACAUACUGGGUAGCGGAAAGUACGGUGAUGUACUGGCCGGUAGUCUACAGCAAGGCCAAGAUCAAGACAUACCGGCACAUGUGCACGUCGUUACCGAUGAUAUGGAAAGUGUGGACCAGAUAGCGUUUCUGAAUGAAUUCCGGCGUCUAACGGCAUUGGAGGAGCACGCUAAUGUGAUCCUGUUUCUGGGUGUCUGCGUGACGCCCGACUGGUGCUAUCUGCUGUUUGAGCAGAUGCAAACGACCCUCAAGCAAACGCUGCUGAAUGCACGCGUCCCGAGCAACGUGAAUAGCGCAAAGUUCUCGACCAUCUCCGAGGAGAUUGUCGUCAAUAUACUGUGUCUGGUGUGUGAUGGUAUGCAGUUUCUAGCGGACAAUAAUUUGAUGAGUAAGAAGCUAUGCGCUCGUACCGUGUACGUAAACACUAAAUUCGAGGUGAAAGUAAGCGCCUUCGGACCUCCAUUAUAUGCCGAAGGUACGGAGAAGUGCAUCGACAUUGCACGCUGGCACGCACCGGAAGUCAUCAAGUUUCAGAAUCACAGCGUCAAAGGCGAUGUGUGGUCUUUUGGUCUGCUGAUUUGGGAGUGCUGCUGUUUGGGUGCGACACCAUUCGGGUCGACGACUACGGACAAUCUCUUUGCCGCCAUACGGUCCGGACAGAAACCGGAACGGCCCGCGUUCAUGUUCGAAGAUCUGUACCAGCUGUGCCUGAACUGUUGGGAUCUGGAUGCGAGCGAUCGGCCCAGCUUCAUCGAGCUGCGCAACUAUCUGCGGCAAACGCUACCGAUGCUGCGGUACUUGCUAUCGUUCGAGCGGAAGCAAAGUUUACAGCUGCCCCCGUACUUACCUCACCUGGAGAUGGUCGAAUGAUGCUGCUAGCAGGUUUAUUAGUUAGGUUAGUUUGAUUUUUUCAACGAAACAAAACAUUCCGUCCAAUAGGGCGUCCCAGUGACGCCCGCUUUUAUUAAAUGCUAGUUUAAGAUUAACUUUUGUACGUAAAAUAAAGAAAACGCCCUGA